AUGCGGGAAAUUGUUGAUUGGCGGGCGGCGACGGUGUUUGCACACAUUUCGCAUCGCGUACACCGUAUACCCAUUUUUGAAUGUGUGUAGUUCUCGUGGACGAUUAUUUUUAUUUUCCGCGCGGUGGUUUUUGAGUGCGAAGGGGUUUUAGGGGUCGAAAUCGUUGAAUUCCGGGCUUCUCAACUUCUAGAUCUUGUCAAGUUUGAUAGAUUUGUCAUGAAAAUCAUCGAUUUAGGCAGUUGCAGGUGAAAAAAUUUGCGGUUUUUUGGAUUUUCAGCUGAAAAUUCGUUAUUUUGUGUAUUUUUAGUGGAAAAUUUUGAUUUAAAUGUUUCCACGUGGAAAUUUUAAUUCAGCUUCUCCUCGAGAACUACACAUUUCUUUCCCUCCUCCUCCGAAAAAAACCAUCAAUCUUCAUUUCUCUGCCCCCUCUCACCCCAUCUCCUCUACGUCUCUGCCACAACCCUCUCACCAAACUUUUUCUCUCGCCACUCUCUCAUUUCGCAGUGCUCUCUCGCCACUCACAAUAUGUUCGUUUUCCUCUCGGUUUUUUCGAUUUUUUGAAAUUUUUGGGGUGUUCCGCGCGCGCGGAAACGUGGAAUUGUUCUGAUAUGAAAAUUUUUGCGCGCGCGGAAAGUCAUAAAAUCCGCAAUUCUUAUCAAAUCGCAUAUCUUUUCACUAUUUCUUCUCACAUUUUUAUAUUUUAUAUAUAUAAUAAUAUUUUCCCCGAUUUUUGCAGGCAAAAUCAAUAAAUUCUGAUGGAAAAAUAGUGGAAUUCGAUAGGGAAAAAUCAUAGAAAAUGUGAGUUUUAGCCCCUAUUUUUUGCUGAAAAUCUCGAAAUUUUCAGCCAAAAAUCUCAAAAUUUUGCAGCUAAAAAUGUCUUCGCGCCAUUUAUUGGUCUCGAGUGGAAAUAACACGUUGAAUUCCGAGCAGAUUCGCGCCGAAAUUCAUCGAUUUGAAAGUGUGCAUCCGAGUAUUUAUCAGGUAUCGAUUUUUGGUGGAUUUUUGACACGAAAAAGGUGGUCUUGGAGCGAAAAUUUGAAUUUUGGCGCCAAAAUUGAUAUUCAAAAAAUUUUUAAAAAUUCAAAUUUUCCGCCUUGUUUUUGACCGAGUUACUGUAGUUUUUGGCGGCAAAAAUCCACUUGGAACAAAAAUUCGAAUUUUAUUUUGAAAAUUCAAUUUUCCCGCCAAAAAUAAGCUAAGAUUACUGUACUUUUUCCCGCCAAAAAUUAAUUUUAAAAUAUUUUCAAAAUUCAAAUUUCCCGCCUAUUUUUGACCGAGUUACUGUAGUUUUUGGCGGCAAAAAUCCACUUGAAACUAAAAUUCAAAAUUUAAUUUCAAAAUUCAAUUUUCCCGCCCAAAAAUAAGCUAAGAUUACUGUACUUUUUCCCGCCAAAAAUAAGCUAAGAUUACUGUACUUUUUCCCGCCAAAAAUUAAUUUUAAAAUAUUUUCAAAAUUCAAACUUCUCGCCUAUUUUUGACCGAGUUACUGUAGUUUUUGGCGGAAAAAAUGAAUCUUGAAACAAAAAUUCAAAAUUUAUUUGAAAAUUCAAUUUUCCCGCCCAAAAAUAAGCUAAGAUUACUGUACUUUUCCCGCCAAAAAUUAAUUUUAAAAUAUUUUCAAAAUUCAAAUUUCCCGCCUAUUUUUGACCGAGUUACUGUAGUUUUUGGCGGCAAAAAUCCACUUGAAACUAAAAUUCAAAUUUUAUUUUGAAUAUUCAAUUUUCCCGCUCAAAAAUAAGCUAAGAUUACUGUACUUUUUCCCGCCAAAAAUUAAUUUUCAAAUAUUUUCAAAGUUCAAAUUUCCCGCCAAAAAUAAGCCCAGGAUUACUGUACUUUUUCCCGCCAAAAACCCUUUUUUUCUCAGAUUUACGACCUAUUAAAUCUACUUCCGGAAGGCUAUGAUGUACUUGGAACCCAACUGAGAGAACAAGUUGUUGCUAUUGAAGGUAAGUGGAUUUUUUUUGGAAAUUUUUGGAAAAUAAUUGGGUUUGGAAGUUUUUUGAGCGAAAAUUUGGAAUUUUUGGCUGAAAAUUGACUGAAAAUCCCAGAUUUUAUCGAUUUUUCCCCUCACCCAAAGCAGGUGUAAAUUUGCAUAUGAGAAUCCACUGAACCGUAUGAUUUUUGCCUCAUUUUCUUAUCUAAAAUUCGAAAUUUCCCCUAAAUUUCACCCAAAAAUCGAUAUUUUUAAUAAGUUUUUAAUUAUUACCCGAUUUUCUUCCUUUUUCCCUCCAAAAAUUUGUGUUUUUUUGGGAGAAAAGAUGAAAAUGUUGACCUCGAAAAAAAGAAUGAAUAAAUAUAUCCUUGAAAUUUGUGGCCAGCAGAAAAUGAGGCAAAUUUCGGUGAAAAUCUAUAUUUUUAGCUGAAUUUUUCCGGAUUUUCAGCCAAAAUUUUGGAUUUUUCAGCCAAAUUUGCUCUAGAAGAAGAGGAAAUUGAAAAUUCUCAUUAUUUUUUUGCUGAAAACGCAUUAUUUCUGCCAUUUUUCCUAUGCUUAAUUAAAUAUUUAAUUAAUUCAUCAAUUUUCUUCUUUUUUGCGUUAUUUUUGGCGUUUUUUGAGGUGAAAUAGGCUGAUUUUAGGCCUGUUUAGGCCUGUUCAGGCUGAAUUGAUUUAGGAUUGAUUUAAGGUACUUUUAGGCUUGGUUUAGGAUGAAUUUUAGGUACUUUCAGGCCUGGUUUUUAAGGUACUUUUAGGAUGGGUUUAGGCAUAUUUUUAGGCCCAUUUAGGCUGUGCUAAUCAGGCCUGGUUUUUAAGGUACUUCUAGGCUUGGUUUAGGAUGAAUUUUAGGUACUUUCAGGCCUGGUUUUGAGGUACUUUUAGGCUGAAUUUUAGGUAUCUUGAGGCCUGGUUUCUAAAUGUACUUUAAGGCUUGGUUUAGGCUGAAUUUUAGGUACUUUCAGGCCUGGUUUCUAAAGGUACUUUAAGGCUUGGUUUAGGCUGAAUUUUAGGUACUUUCAGGCCUGGUUUCUAAAGGUACUUUAAGGCUUGGUUUAGGCUGAAUUUUAGGUAUCUUCAGGCCUUGUUUUUGGUUAGGCACGGCUUAUUUUAGGCCCAUUUAGGCCCGGUUUUUAGGUACUCUCAGGCCUGUUUUUGAUGAUUUUCAAGCCCAAAUUUCCCAAUUUUUAGGCAUAUCUUAGGCUGCUCAGUUAAUUAAAUAUUUAAUUAAUUAAUCAAGCAUCUUCCCCCCUCUUUUGACUUUUUCUGUCAAUUUUUCAUUGGUGUAAGCACCUGUCGCCCAAAUAAUAUCCACCAAAUUGUGUAAUUAUUAAUGGUGUCAUUGACCUGCGCUCUUUUUUUGUUGUUGAAGACACAAAAAGCCGAAGGUCAGCUGGACGAGGCUCGAUUUUCAUUUUGGCGCACGAUCAAAUUGACCGAGGUACUUUCAGGUCUGGGGUUAGGCUUAUUUUAGGCUGGGUUUUAGGCUUAUCUUUGUAUACCAUAAUUUUCAGUCUUUCUCAGGCUUCUAGUUAGAUAGGCCUAUUUUAGGCUAGGUAAAUUUUAGGCCCCCUUUUCCCCAAUUUUUUUUUGCAUCUGGCAACAUUUGGUUUUUUUUCGUUCUUUCUUUGUCUCUCCGAUUUUUUUUUUGACAAAAAAAUCUUUCCCGGAACAAUACGAUUAUUUUUUGAAAAACAAUAUGCAAAUUUUCCAAAAAAAUUGUAUUUUUGACGAAUUUUUUCCCCAAAUCCGAUUUCUAUCGAUUUUCCAUUGAGUUUUGGUCGAGUUUUCCUCUGAAAUCGGAUACGGUCAUUUUUCUGAUCUAACACACUUCAAAAUUUUGGGUGUCUGGCGAAAAAAGGCGGCGAACGAACGAACGAAGAUUUGAUGUGAGUGAAAGAGACUGGCAUCAGAUUACAUAUACGCCGUUUUUAUUAUUUUGUAAAUAUAUAUAUACAAUAUAUCCGCUUUUUGGUGCGAAAAAUUACCGUAGUUUUGGUGGAUUUUUGGCGCGAAAAAUAGGUCAAAAGUACGGUAGUUUUGGUGGAUUUUUGGCGCGAAAAAUAGGUCAAAAGUACGGUAGUUUUGGUGGAUUUUUGGCGCGAAAAAUAGGUCAAAAAGUACGGUAGUUUUGGUGGAUUUUUGGCGCGAAAAAUGUACAGUAACCUUUGAUUUUUGGUAGAUCAAAAAGUGUAUACAUUUUCCAUUCAGAAAUUUUCUUUUUUCAUUUUUUUGUUUGCCCAACUUAUUAGCUUCUUCUUUCCUCGUUUUCUCCUCACUUUCAUCAUUUUUGGCGCCAAAAUCACGAUUUUUCAUUAAAGGCGCAUGCACCUUUAAAGAGAAAAUGCCACUUGUACGAAACUACGACUACGAUUAUGACUAUAAUUAUUGGCCGAAGCCUAAUCUGAGCAAUUCGACAAUUCAUCUGGAUAGCGAUUUCGAAAAGCCACCACAACGAAAAUGGCGCGAUAUGUUGUUCGGGGAGCGAGACGCGCGGAAAAGCCGCGCGUCCCGCUCGCUGACACGUGUCGUUUUCCACGUGCCGCUUCCGCUUCCGCAGCCGGUAAUGGCGCAGAACUACGCGAACUUGCCGAAGAUGGGAGUGAGACGAAGGAUUUUGAGAUCUGCCACGUGUCAUGGUAUUAGAUUUUGUGGGGAAACUUCCAAACCCAAUGAAUUUCAGAGAUUUUCAGAAAAAUUAUCGAUUUUUUGCAGACUCUUUUGUGAAUUCACACGAAUGGACAUUGUCGAGAUCGAUUAGUGAAAUGAGAUUGGUAAGUGAUGGGAUUUUGGGUCUCGGGGCGAAAAUUUGAUGCUACAGUACCAAAAUAUCAUAGAAAAUGCCACGUCAUAACCUCUUGGAACCUAGCCAAAAAAUAGACAUUUGUUCUAUUUUUUCCUUUACUAAUCCUCCCCCUCUUAUUAUUAUUAUUAUUUUCUUGUUCUUGACAGGUGUUUCUUUCUUUAUUGUAUAUUGUUUGCUGCAAAAAUAAAUAGUCUUGAGAUUAGUUAGCCCAACUCGCCCAAGAAAAUCAUAAUAGCAGUAAUGCGUCACCUUUAUUUUUUUGUUGUUGCGCAAACUGGGCACUUUUGGCACAGAUUGCGAUCUCGCAAAGUUAAUUAGUUAGAUUGGUGUAAGGUGUGAGCAUUUUUUUAUUGUUUGUGCCAGAAAUUUUUGAGCUCUAGGUCGAAUUUUGGCGCGAAAAAUGAAAAUUUGAGUAAUUUUUUUGUAGAACGAACGAUUUUUCACGUUCAGUGCGAGAAUUUUUCAACCAAAAAUUAUCCACGUGUCACUGUUUCCAACAGAAAACUCCACGUGGAUUUUUUUUUGACCUACAACUCCAAAAUCCGCUAUUUUCUAUCCGGAUUUGCACCAAAACCUCACCCCGGGUUACCAAAAUCUUAAAGGUGUUAAUUAACUUUUCUCCCCCCGCCCACCAUGUUUUUGGUGUCACAUUUUUCUCCUAUUUGACUUAGCCUAAGAUUUAUCCGAUAGAUAAGAUUAGAUCUAACUAAUGUUAUGACAUAAUCAACAUUUUUGAAUAAUUAACUUGUUCUAAUUUUUUAUUUAGCUAAUUCGCGCUAAAACCUGGCAGUUUUGCGCUAUUUACAGUAAACUUGAUGUUUGAUCGCUUAGGCAUCAAACUAGAAAUAGUCAUUAGGUUCUCACACCUUAGUUUGCCGGCAUCUCCUUUUAUCUUCUUGGGUGGUCUUCCCAAAAAAUUUGUUACAAGUUUUUUUUAUUAGUUACUAUGAUACAACCGCCUUGUACUUGGUGUAAAAAUACCCGGUGAUUUUUGGUCAAAAACACGUCUAACCCCAUCAUUUUACAGGGAAUUGUUGGAACUACACAGUCUGGCAAAACCUCCUUAGUACACCGUUAUUUGACUGGAACCUAUACGGCUGAAGAGAGUCCCGAGGGUGGAAGAUUCAAGAAGGAGGUGGUUAUCGAGGGACAAAGUCAUUUGUUGUUGAUUCGAGACGAGGGACAGCAACAUUUGGAUGUGCAGGUUAGAGGAAAAAUUGCCACGUCAUAGGUCACUUAGUGGAAAAUCAGAAAACUUUGAAUUUUUGCACAAAAAUCUAGACAAAAAAGGCUAUGGCUAUUUUUGAAAAUUUCCGAAAAUCCCUAACACCCUUAAACAUCUACGUUACAGUUCUGUCAGUGGGUAGACGCAGUGGUUUUCGUGUUCUCAGUGUGCUGUGAACAAAGUUUCGAAAGUAUCCGCCUGUUGGCGCAUGAAAUGAGCAAAUAUCGAAACAUUUCUGAUAUCCCGCUAUUGCUCAUUGGAACCAAAGAUAAUCUAUCGGAGAAAAAGGGACGAAUCAUUUCGGAAGAAGAGGGAAGACAUAUGGCUUCGCAAAUGAAACGAUGUGCUUAUUAUGAGACGAGUUCUACCUAUGGAACGAAUGUCGAACGGGUUUUUAAAGAUGGUAGGUUACUUUAACUCAUUUCCCCCGAAAAUAAGUACAUAAUUGAGGAGGAUUAAAGUUGUUUUCGAUUUUUUCGUCCCAAAAUUGAAAUUUUUAUAUUAUUUAUUCACAUUUUUAUAUAUUUCCUCUUUUUAUUUGUAUGUAGUGUUUUCAAGUUGAACACGAGACAUGAAAAGCAAACAAAGACUCUCGCCCCAAAAACUUUUCACUUUUUAGUCGAUUUUUUAAAGAUUUUUUGGUGUCAAGAGAUCUUGUUUUUCUAAAAAUUCGCUAUAAAUGAGAAUUUUCCUCAAGUAUGUACUUAUUUUUCGUACUUUUUCGGUGUUUAGAAAUGCAUUGGUGUUUUUGUUUGUUUUUUUUUUUGCAAGGGGAGAUUUUUUGAGCUUUUUAUCUGGAAUUUUAGAAUUUCCUAUUAUCGCCCUUGAAAAGUGUCUACUUUCUGAAGAUCCCUUUCGAACAAUUUUCAUAUCUGAAAAUGGAAAUUCUGGAAUUUCAGCAUUUUUUUCUAGUUCUGAUUGUGAGCACAAUUUUCUAUAACUAAUCAAAUUUUUCUCUGAAAUCCCAGAAUUUCCGAUUUUCGCCCUUGAAAUUUGCAGAAAUUCUGAAGAUCCCCUUCAGAUUUCAAACAAUUUUCAUCUCUGAAAAUGGAAAUUCUGGAAUUUCAGCAUUUGUUGUUAGAUCUGAGUACAAUUUUCUAUAACUAAUUUCGUGAAAAAUUCAACACUUCAAAUUUUUCUCUGAAAUCCAAGAAUUUCCGAUUUUCGCCCUUGAAAUUUGCCGAAAUUCUGAAGAUCCCCUUCAGAUUUCAAACAAUUUUCAUCUCUGAAAAUGGAAAUUCUGGAAUUUCAGCCUAUCUUCAUUUCACAAGACAUAUCUCUGAUUUUCAGCCUGCUGUAAAAUCAUUCAACACCGAAUACGCAACACUUUUGGAGUAUCCGGCCCCCAAACCCGAACUCCAACACCAACACAUUCAGAUUUACGACAAAAAGAUUAUCAGGUAGGCGCGAGAUCUUUGAACUUGUAUAAUUUCUCGUCUUUUUCGUACCUCAAGUGUUUACAGAAAUACUUGAAGAGAAUUGUGUGUUUUUUGAGAGAGAAAAAGUUUUGAACAGUUUUUUCCCCUAACUUCCGAAUUUCUAGGAUCCAAGGUACAUGUCAACUGCUGUUUUUGCGGCUCCUUCCUCAGCCAGACAAUCACAAUCACAAUCCAAUUAUAUUUCGACAAAUUCAUCGAGAAGAAGUGGAUUAAUUCGAGGAAGUAUGUCGGAAAAUGUGAGACCUUCCGGAUCGAAUCAAUAUCCUCCUCAACAAUCACAACAACAACAAUAUUCGGCAUAUCGAACCAGCUCAUCGGCUGCGAUCUCACCGUCAGCAUCGCAAAAAUCGAUACAUUCGACGAUGAAUGGUGUACGAUCGUCAGCCGCAUUGCUAGACUCAAAUGACUAUUUCAAUGAACAACAAGGUUCGCCGGCAACACCGCUUGCCACGUCAUCGCAGGUUUCCGCGUCGACGUCGCAUUUGCCAACGCCUAGCUCGACACCGAAUACGCAGCGCAAAAAUCGCAGGAUUUCGAAUAUUUUUGUGAGUUUUUGGGGGGAAAUUUCAUAAAAUUCUAUGAAAAUAGGCCCAAAAAUGAAUUUUUCACGAAAAUAACUGAUUUUCACCCAAUUUUCAACAUUUUUUCGUGAAAUCUUCACGUGAACUCCUAAAUCCCUUUUUCCUAUUUCACAACCCAUUUUUCAAUCUGACAAUCUGUCAAAAACUCAGGUUUUUUCCGAAAAAAUCGAAAAAUGGGCCCAAAAAACAAUAAUUGUGUGCGUUUGUGCGUCGCGGUGUCAAUGCACACAUUCAAAUCUACAGUACCCCGAAAAAUAAAAAUAAUUGUUUUUUUCUCCAGCAACGACCGAAAGAUAGCCACGAGGAGAAGAAUAAAGCGAUUGAAGCGUUGAAUUUGGGAGUUGGAAGAGCAAUUCCAGUCAAACAGGGAUUAUUGUACAAAAAGAGCACGAAAUCGGCACUAAAUAGGUAAUUUUUGAUUAAAAAUUCGAGAUUUUCGGCUCAAAAUACCGGAUUUUUUGCAGAGAAUGGAAGAAGAAAUAUGUAUGCUUGUAUAAUGAUGGAAGAUUGACAUAUCAUCAGAAUUUGAAGGAUUAUAUGGAUAAAACUGUGCAUGGGAAAGAGGUUUUCUUGGGUCUGGCAACGGUUAAAAUAUCGGGGCGGCAAAGACCCAGAAAUACACAAAGAAGUAGUGCAAUUGUGACGAAUUCCGAUGGAACACCAAAGGCUAUUGGAAUGUUUGAUGCGAAUUCGGGUGGAUCGGAUGAUGCGGGACCAUCGAAUCGAAUUGGACAUUUUACACCGCCUGCGCAGCCGAUGACUGUUAUUGGUGAGGGUUUUUUGCUCUAGGAGCUCAAAAUUUAUCAAUUUUUCAUUAAAAAUGAGCCUAAACUUCGAAAAAUAGCUCAGAAAAUGCAAAUUUACGGUUAAUUUGACCCCAGGUCCAGUUAAAGCCAAAUUUUUGGCUGAAAUUGCUCCAGGAGCUGAAUUUCAUCCAUUUUUCAGUAAAAAUGAGCCUAAGAUUCUAAAAAUCUCGAAGUUUCAUCAAAUUUUUUUACAAAAAAAGUUUGGAAGCGUAAUUUUUAGUUGAAAAUUUCGAAUUUUUGCUCAAAAUCUGCCCAUAGAGCAGGAAUUGGCUCAGAAAACGCAAAUUUACAUAAAAUUCGGCCCUACGUCGAUUUUCAGCCAAAUUUUUAGCUGAAAUUGCUCUAGGAGCUGAAUUUCAUCAAAUUUUUGACUGAAAAUCUAGAAUUUUUGCUCAAAAUCUGCCCAGAGAGCUGAAAAUUGGCUCAGAAAACGCAAAUUUACGUCAAAUUUGACUCUAGAUCGAUUUUCAGCACAAUUUCUAGCUGAAAUUGUGCCUCGGGGCUUAUUUUGUGUGAAAAUUUCGAGUUUUGUCUCAAAUUUGAGCCCAAAAGCUCAAAUUUCACCGAAAAUCUUGACAUUUUCCAGGAAAAUCCAAGAAAAAUCGCGGAGAAAAUCGCAAAAAUGCAGACGAAGAUGAAGAAUGCUUCGAAAUCGUCACCCACAAUCAACAGAGAUGGGAAUUCUGCGCAAGUUCGAUGGAAGAACGAGACGAAUGGGUGGCGGCGAUUGAAGAACAGAUUGAAAUUGCGCUGACGAGUCAAAUGAGCCAACCGACGACAAGGAAUAUUGCGAAUAAGGUGAGAAAUGGGGGAAUUUUGAGCUGAAAAUGAGGGAAAAUCGCUGAAAAUUGAGCUGAAACAUGUAUUUUUUAGUGAGAAUGGGGAAUUUUGAGCCAAAAAAUCGAGAAAAUCGCUGAAAAUUGAGCUGAAAACCUGAAUUUUUAGUGAGAAUGGGGAAUUUUGAGCCAAAAAAUCGAGAAAAUCGCUGGAAAUUGAGUUGAAAACCUGAAUUUUUAGUGAGAAUUGGGGAUUUUGAGCUGAAAAUCGAGAAAAUCGCUGGAAAUUGAGCUGAAACAUGUAUUUUUUUAGUGAGAAUGGGGGAUUUUGAGCUGAAAAUCGAGAAAAUCGCUGGAAAUUGAGCUGAAAACCUGUAUUUUUAGUGAGAAUGGGGGGAUUUUGAGCUGAACAACUGAGAAAAUCGCUGGAAAUUGAGCUGAAACAUGUAUUUUUUGUGAGAAUGGGGGGAUUUUGAGCUGAAAAACUGAGAAAAUCGCUGGAAAUUGAGCUGAAACAUGUAUUUUUUAGUGAGAAUGGGGGAUUUUGAGCUGAAAAUCGAGAAAAUCGCUGAAAAUUGAGCUGAAAACCUGAAUUUUUAGUGAGAAUGGGGGAAUUUGAGCUGAAAAUCGCUGAAAAUCGCUGGAAAUUGAGCUGAAAACCUGAAUUUUUCCCCUCAAAAACCUACUGUUUUCCAGGUUCAAGUUCAAGCUCUUCGACAAAUUGAUGGAAAUGAUAAAUGUGCAGAUUGCUCACAGAAUAAUCCAGAUUGGGCAUCGCUAAAUCUCGGAAUCUUAAUCUGUAUCGAAUGUUCAGGAAUCCAUCGGAACCUUGGAAGUCAUGUUUCGAAAGUGAGAAGUUUGGAAUUAGAUGGAUGGCCGAUUGAACAUUUAGCUGUAAUGCAAUCAAUCGGAAAUCGAAAAGCGAAUCAAAUGAUUUGGGAAAAGAAUAUAAUAAUAAGUGGAGGAGAAAAUCGAAAACCGAUUGGAGAAUCGAGUCGAGAAGAAAAAGAGAAAUGGAUUGAGGCGAAAUAUUUGAAGAAGAGAUUUAUUGAAAUUAUUCCGCAGAAUUUGAUGAAGGAAAGUGAAUUGAUUGGAGCUGUGUUGGAUCGAGAUGUUGUUAAGAUUUGUGUGAUGAUGGCGAAUGGAUUGGGAGUUGAACAGGUAAGGGGAAUUUUGGAGUGUUUUGAGCCAAAAAACGUGAAAAUUGGUUGAAAAUGACCUAGAAAUCGAUAUUUUUAGCUGAAAAUUGUGAUUUUUGAGCCCAGAAAACACGAAAUUUGCGAUUUUUAACCCGGGGACCAUCAAAAUUGGAUUUUUCUUGAAUUUUGGAUAUUGGGAGCUGGAAAAUUGGAUUUUUGGCUGAAAAUUGUGAUUUUUGAGCCCGGAAAAGUUGAAAUUUGCGAUUUUUAACUCUGGGACCCGCAAAAUUGGAUUUUUCUUGAAUUUUGGAUAUUGGGAGCUGGAAAAUUGGAUUUUUUGCUGAAAAUUGUGAUUUUUGAGCCCGGAAAAGUUGAAAUUUGCGAUUUUUAACUCUGGGACCAUCAAAAUUGGAUUUUUCUUGAAUUUUGGAUAUUGGGAGCUGGAAAAUUGCAUUUUUUGCUGAAAAUUGUGAUUUUUGAGCCCGGAAAAGUUGAAAUUUGCGAUUUUUAACUCUGGGACCAUCAAAAUUGGAUUUUUCUUGAAUUUUGGAUAUUGGGAGCUGGAAAAUUGGAUUUUUUGCUGAAAAUUGUGAUUUUUGAGCCCGGAAAAGUUGAAAUUUGCGAUUUUUAACCCUGGGACCCCCAAAAUUGAUAUUUUCGAGCUGAAAGUUAAUCAGAACUCAUUCUUUGAAGAAAAUAAUGAAAUACUGUUUUUUUUUUUAGCUGAAAACUUGAUUUUUGGCUGAAAAUUGUGAUUUUUGAUCCCAGAAAAGUUGAAAUUUGGAAUUUGGGACCCUCAAAAUUGGAUUUUUCUUGAAUUUUGGAUAUCGGAAGCUGAAAUAUUGGAUUUUUUGACCCAGAGACCUUGAAAAUUGAAUUUUUUACCUCAGAAAUUCAGAAAAUCCGAUUUUUUGUGAAUUUUUUGACCCAGGGACCAUCAAAAUUGAUUUUUCAACCCAGGACUGCAAAAAUCCGAUUUUUUGACCCUAGGAUUUGAAUUUCUGACCUCGGGACCUUGAAAAUUGAAUUUUUCUGGAAUAUUCAAUCUAGGACCUAGUAAAUUCGAUUUUUUGUGAAUUUUGACCCUAGGAUUGGAAUUUUUGGCCUUGGGACCAUCAAAAUUGGAUUUUUCAUGUUUUUCUCGAUUUUUUUGACCCUAGGAUUCGAAUUUUUGGCCUCGGGACCUUCGAAAAUCCGAUUUUUCAAUGAAUUUUGACCCUAGGAUUUGAAUUUUUGGUCUCGGGACCUUGAAAAUCUGAAAAUCCGACUCGGGACCUUGAAAAUCUGAAAAUCCGACUCGGGACCUUCGAAAAUCCUUUUUUCCUCUAUUUUUUGACCCAGGGACCUUGAAAAUCGCAAUUUUUCACUCUAAACUUCAAAAAAUCCGAUUUUUUGUGAAUUUUGAACCAGGGACCAUCAAAAUUGGAUUUUUCUUGAUCUUUUCCAUCCCGAGACCUUGGAAAUCGCAAUUUUUCACUCAAGACUUCAAAAAAUCCGAUUAUUCUCGAAUUUUUUGAUCCUAGGAUUUGAAUUUUGACCCAGGGACCAUUAAAAUUGAUUUUUAUUGAAUUUUUGAAUCUGGGACCUUGAAAAUCUGCAAUUUUCUCGAAUUUUGAGCUGAAAAUCAGAUUUUCAAGCCCCGAAACUUUAAAAAUUCCAAAAAAUAUCGAUUUUUUCAGAUAAACGCGCCAAUUUCAACAAAAGAUCAUCGAACAGUUCUGCAUCUGGCUUGUAGUAUUGGAUCAUUGGAAAUUGUCCAGAUUUUGAUAUGGGUAAGCGAUUUUUCAACGAUGCUCCGCGUUUACACCAAAAUUUUUGCAGAACAACGCUGAUCUCAAAAUAUUGGACGAACAAGAUCGCUCAUGCCUUUGGUAUGCUCAGAAUUCAGGAUUCCAAGAAUGCAUCGAACUUCUUCAAACCGCCGGAUUAUCACCGAAUUAUGGAUGUCCGAAAAUGAUGAAAAAUGGAUCGAUUGGUGGUGGAAGUAUAGAUAAUUCAAGUGCUAAUGAGGUAAUUUUUAAUCUCUGAAAAAAAUCUGAAAAUUUGGAGCAUUUUGAGCCCAAACAUGAGCAAAAUCUGAAAAUUUUGACCUAAAAUCAUUUUUUCCAGUCCUUCUCAAAUCGCGAUUAUUCAUGUAUUGGAGAUGAUCUCUAUUCCUCCUCAAAUUCAAUACUAUCUCGCCGGCCAGCUCCUCCGCCACCCCCGCAGGUCCCACGACGAAAUCUACAGUACCCCCCGCCUGCGUCUCUAAAUUCCUCCCAACUACAACCAACUUCUGAAUAUGAUAUGAGCAUUAUCUAGUCAAUUUAAUUAUUGAUUUUUUCCCUAGAUCUCGAAGUUUCCGGUCAUUUUUUUUGUUCACUUUUUUUUUCUCCGCCUAUUUUGUGUCGAAUAUACUGCUCUUUUUUUGCCCUAUUUUUAUCUACACUUAUUAUAUUUUUGGUUUUAUGAAGAGAUUUUAAGUUUUUCUCCUGGAAAUUUGGAGUUCACGAAAUUCACGAACGGUAUUUUUAUUUAUUUUUCAACCAUUUUCUCAACACAUUCUCCCCAACUGAAUAAAGUGAAGCUAAAACGCAUUUUUGUGUUUAGAAAUUGCAUCCCAAGACCUUCUAAACAGCCUAAAAGACAAAUGAAAUUGGUGAUUUUCAAAGAAUUUCGAAAAUCAACAAUUUGAUUUUGAAGGGUUGCUCCGCGUUUACGCGAUGAAAAAUGGGUAAAUGUGAGGUUUUUUUUUUUUUAUUAAAUUUAUCUGAACAUUAUAAAAAUUCCAAAAUCGUCCGACACAUUCUGCAUUUUCUACGAAGUGAAUUCACUUUUAUCGAAGUUUCGGUUCAGAUCUUCAAGAAUUUUGUGAGCAUCAACGGAGAUUGUGGUUUUUACAUGUAUUAUAAGAAAUUGGCGCCAAAAUUGUAUAAAAUGGCCGACGUUUUAGAAUGUUCCGAUGUUGUUAGGCAGAAUUUGAAGUGAGUUUGGAUUUGCGGAUGUUUAUAGAUCUUCAUGUUCAGGGAGAAAAUUGCGGAUUUAUUCGUCACAAAUUCCGAAAACAACACCGAACCUUCGUUUGGAAGUGGAAUUCGUGUUGUGGAAGAAGUUGAAGUGAGAUAUUUUUGA